AUGGCAUCAAACUGCAGUACUUCAAACUUUGAUGAGCAUCGAUGGAUUAUUCAAAUCCGUCGAACACUCGAUGAAGAACUUGAAGAAGACACUGAAAUUCCAGUUAGCAUUUUCAAUGUACCAAAAGCCCUAUUGCUGAGUGACCAAGAUUGUUACGUGCCACAAUUGGUGGCAAUAGGCCCUUAUCAUUAUUGGCGCUCAGACCUCCACGACAUGGAAAGGUACAAGCUAGCUGCUGCAAAGAGAACUCAAAAACACCUCUAUAGCCUCAAAUUUCAACAUCUUGUGGAACAAUUGAUAAAAUUUGAGAAUAGAAUUCGUUGUUCGUACCAUAAAUACUUGAAUUUCAAUGGAGAAACUUUAGCCUGGAUGAUGGCGGUGGACGCCUCUUUCUUACUCGAAUUCCUUCAAAUCUAUGCCAUCAAAGAAGGUAAAAUUCUAACCAGAGUAUCCUCAAGAAUGUCACAUUUGGUUGAUGUUGCAGGGAGAAAAUCCGCGCAUAACGCUAUUCUUAGAGAUUUAAUUAUGCUCGAAAAUCAAAUCCCAUUGUUCUUACUAAGAAAAAUAUUGGAAGUCCAAUAUUCAUCUUUAGAGUUAGCAGACACAAUGUUGAUGGCAAUGCUAACGGGAUUCUGUAAAGAACUUUCUCCGUUCCAAAUGAUAGACGAAUCCCCAAAAGUAAACGUCACAGAAUGCUCUCACUUGCUAGAUUUUUUGUACCAAUUCAUUGUGCCCAAAUUAGACGUAACAACUUCUGAGAUAACAGAAGAUGAUCACGAACAAAUUAGCUCGAUUGAAGAAGAAAAUAAUACUUUCGUUGGAAAAUCAAGUCACAUCGGACAACUUAUUAACGAAAUUUGGAAGAUCCUUGUGAAAAUAAACAGAGGACCAGUACGUUUUCUUAAGAAAAUUGUAUUUUCCAAACCAAUUAAAUUCUUAGUAAAAGUACCUUGGAAACUUUUUUCUAAUCUUCCUGUGAUUAAACUUUUUAUUGAACCAAUUACAUAUUUAUUCUUUUCACAAGAAAAAGCAGAGGUAAAUUUCGAAAGUAACAUGAAUAAGCCUCCACUUUUUGAAGAAUUAGCCAUACCAUCAGUAACUGAACUUUCUAAAUCCGGAAUUAAUUUCGUAGCCACCAAUGAAGGUAUCAUGAGCAUAAAUUUCGACGAUACAAAGAUCAAAUUUCAUUUGCCUAGAGUCAGUCUAGAUGUAAAUACAGAGGUAAUUUUGAGGAAUUUAGUUGCGUAUGAGGCAUGUAAUGCAUCAGGGCCAUUGGUUUUUACGCGUUACACUGAAUUAAUGAAUGGGAUUAUUGAUACUGAAGAAGAUGCGGUGUUACUUAGAGAAAAGGGGAUAAUUUUGAACCGUUUGAAGAGUGAUAAAGAAGUUGCGAAGUUGUGGAAUGGGAUGAGUAGAUCGUUGAGAUUAACAAAAGUUCCGUUUAUAGAUAAAGUGAUUGAAGAUGUGAAUGGAUUUUACAAUGGGAGAUGGAGUAUCAAGAUUGGAAAAAUGAUGAAGCAUUAUGUGUUUGGAUCAUGGCAGUUUCUCACAUUUUUGGCUGCAAUUAUGCUGCUAAUGUUGAUGACUUUACAAGCGUUUUGUUCAGUCUAUAAGUGUGCUCGUAUAUUUCAUACUCAAAAUUCUGGAUAG